GUUUAUAUUUCACAGCUUUUAAACAAGUUCUAAGCUUCAAAUAUUUUGAAUAUUUAUUGAAUUCCGCAAAGUUCGAGAAAUGGUUCAAUGAAAAUAUUCAAUAGCCAACAUACAAACGAAGAAAUCAAAAGUUGAAAAAAGUGAAAUCAUCUUGAAUAUUGAGUGAAAAGCCAAACAAGUAGUUAAAAUAUUUGAAUCUCGUUAAAUUUACCAACCUCUACUGCCUUGAAAUUUUCACCACCUCUAAAAUAUGAAGUGUCCAAAUGUAUCGAAUUUCGUCGGUUACAUUGAGUUGAGACAAGCAAAUAUUGGGAUUGGCAUAUUUUUUGCAAUCGUUCCGCUUCUUGGAUUCCUGUAUAGGUGCCUGGAGGAAAAUUUAAACAGCGCAGAAGUUAGAUUGGAGGCGAUACCGGUUUGCGUAGUUCUGACCAUUCGCGGAUAUUUUUUGUACGGAGUAAGCAACAAAAAGGCCGCUCCGAUGGUGCCGCAACUUUUAUUUUCAUUGCUUGAAAUAUUUGCCCUACUUGGCGUACCAUUCAUAUUGGCCUUCAAGUACAAUAUCAAUUUUGCCGGAAUGAAACAUGGAUACUACAGUACUAUGACCGAAGAAAUCGCUCAUGAGUUGAGCGUUUAUUCGUUUGUUGCGUAUGUGUAUGCAAUGGUUCACUCGUACCUUUGGAUCGUUCAAUAUUCGUACUAUAAACUUUUGAAGGAUGUGUCAGAGGUGAAGAAUGAAGAUCGCAAAUUUGGAUUCUCAUCGAUUACCGCUUGAAAUAUUUAAACUCAAAGAAUGCAACAAAUACACGUAGAAAAUAAGCAAUGAAUCACAAAAUUUAACAUAACCAACGCACAUUUUUUGUUAUCUUAACACCUCAAUUAUAGGAGCAAAGUAGGAGCGCACUUUUAAUAUUUGCAACCUAUCUAUAGAUAUAUCACAUACAGAUAUGUGUGCGAAUUUGUAUCAAACAUGUGUUUCAAGAUUGCUGAGCAUCUCAGCAUUUCG